ACAUUUUAUUAAUUAUUAAUAAUCUAAUUUUGCUUACGCUUCCCCUGCCUGAAAUCCUCAGCCAACCUUCUUCUUCUUCUUCUGCUCCCCAUCGCGGCCGAAACGUUAGAGAUGCAGUUGUGAUUGGAGUUAGUUUGGAAAAUACCUCCGAAACUCCAUUCUUUCUUACCCUUCCGCCCCCCGCCCCGCCUCUAAGGUUGUCGCAGAAAUUUCGAAUCUAAUUCCAAAUAUCAAGGGUAAAUGACUCAAGCUUUCUGCCACAAGCUCACCGUGAAUUUUUAGAUAUUUUUCACAAUUUUCUGAUUUCACUGGGCUUUUCUUUGCCAGUGAAAUACAUUAAAUUUAGAUGCAUAUCGACAACAUGGUUCAAUACAACUUCAAAAAGAUCACUUAUGGCGAUACAGUUAUGAUUGGAGUUAUUUGGGAAGCCAAUGACGAGAUAGCGGCGUAGGAAAAUACUUCUUCCCCUCCCUUCUUCCCCUCCCUUUCCACCUCGCUCCUAAGGUAGUCCUCGCUUGUUCUUUGGGCGGAGUAACGAGUUAAAUCCUAUCUCCGGCACAACAGCUCCGGGUUACACCUUGCCCACGGCAACCGCGUGACCGUGGAGAAAGCAAGGGAGACAUUAAGACAUGGCUACGAUAGCCCGAAGACCGCCGGUUUCACUUGAUACGAAGAAGAAAGAAAUGAAGAAGAAGAAGAAUAUGGAAGAAGAUCAGAAGAACAAGAUGGGGCAGGAGAUUGAGGAAAUUUUCAGGGCUAACAAGAAAAAGAGGAAGGAAUCCCCUGGAGUUGCAGGGCAAAAUUUAAAGGCAACUGUGGCAACAGGAAAAGAAGAUAAAAAGGUUAAUAAGAAGAAAAUGCCGAAGGAAGAGAAAGAGAAGAAGAAGAACAGAUUUCUUGUGGAUGAGAGUUCUGAGAAUCCCUCGAAGCGGAGGAGGACAGGGGAAGGGUUUGCUAUCUACUCUGAAGAGGAACUUGGCAUUGGUAAUCAAGACUCCGGCAACACGGCUCUGUGUCCUUUUGACUGCUCAUGCUGCUUCUGAGUCUUGUUGUAUGUUGCAAAUUUUAGGCAAACGCUUUUCUUUUCUCUUUUUACUCGUGUCGUUUUGAGCCAGUACAUUUCUUUUUGGUACUUGUGAUGUUUAAUAAUUUUUAUCUUUCUAUCAGGCAUAAAAAAAUGUUGCUUGUAUGAAACAAUUUGGUAAAAGUGUUGAUUCUUGGAUGGA